CACAAUCAUCCAUUUGGCGAUGGAUUCGGCGUUGAGAAAAACAAGAAAAGUCUUUUCACUCUCUUUCUCUUUGCGUCAUUGCAUCAAGUCGUCCACUGUUUAGACGCGACGUACUAGGAGACGUCACAAUGUUUUUCAACUUAGACAGACGUUUCAGCUCGCUGUGUGGCGCCUUAUUUAAUUUAAAGAAAAAACUGAAGCUGUUUCUAGAAGGUCCUCAGCUACCUUCGAUAAAAAAUCUAAUAGGUAAAAACCCAUGUUGAGUUAUACUAAAGCCCUGGUCCUGGUUUCGGUAAAUUUGGAGAAAUAGCACCGUGGCAGCCAUCUUGAUUGCCGCGACCCGUGAACUUAUGUCCAAAAUGAUUUAGGAAAUAAGAGUAAAUGUAUCCCUAAACCUUACAUGAACCUUAAAAUUAUCCCUAACCAGGGUUUUGACCCAUCUGACCAGGGUUUUGACCCUAUGGGAACCAGGGUUUUGACCCUAUCUGAACCAGGGUUUUGACCUUAUCUGAACCAGGGUUUUGACCCUAUCUGAACCAGGGUUUUGACCCUAUCUGAACCAGGGUUUUAUCCCUAUCUGAACCAGGGUUUUGACCCUAUCUGAACCAGGGUUUUGACCCUAUGGGUACCAGGGUUUUGACCCUAUCUGAACCAGGGUUUUGACCCUAUCUGAACCAGGGUUUUGACCCUAUCUGAACCAGGGUUUUGACCCUAUCUGAACCAGGGUUUUGACCCUAUCGGAACCAGGGUUUCGACCCUAUGGGAACCAGGGUUUUGACCCUAUGGGAACCAGGGUUUUGACCCAAGGUGCUAUCUCUCCAAAUUACUAUUAAAUAAAAGUAGCCCUAUUUUCUGUUUCGAGAAACGGCUCUGAGACUUUAAGUCCAGUAAGACCCCGAUAACAUGUUCUCAUGGCCUUAUAUGACUUUUGUCUACUCAUGCUGAAGUCUGUAAUGCCAACCAUGAUGACAAAUUUAUCGCCGCUAAACUGCUAAUCUUGCAGUCAUGCCUGAAACAACCCGAUGACAAAACGGCUUUCUGAAAGCUUAAUCAGAUACGUAAUGACGUCUUCACCUGGGGUGCAUAUGUUGGACCAGCUGAUGGUCCUUUCAUAAAAGGGGGGGGUGACUAAAUUUCGGGGAGGGGGGGUUCAAUCUCAUAUAAUAAACCACGUCAAAAAAACUUGAUAUUUUUAAGCUUGCACCAAUUUUGGAACUACUUAAUUAUUUAUACUGAUUCUUUACAUUCGCAACUGUGCAUUAAAUGGGUUUACGGAUUACAGCCAAUGAUAUUGACUUUAGGCUGGAAGCAUUAGUAACUAGGCUAGAACCCAUGGUAACUAGGACAUAGCAGCACUGGUAACUAGUCUACAGAAGCUCUGGUAACUAAGCUAUAGAAGCCCUGGUAUCUUAUAGAAUCCAUAAUAACAAGGAUAGAUGAGCUGAUAACCAGGCUGUAGAAGUCAUGGAACCUAUGAUAGAAGCCCUGGUAAGUAGGUUAUAGAAGCCAUGGUAACUAGAAUAGAAGCUCUGGUUACUAGGUUAGAAGCCCUGAUAUCUAGGUUAUAGAAGACCUGGUACCCAGGUUACAGAAGCCCUGGUAACUAGGUUAAAGAAGCCCUUGAAACUAGGCUAAAGAAGCAAUGGUAACUAGGCUAGAAGCCCUAGUAACUAGGUUAUGGAAGCCAUGUUAACUAGGCAAUAGAAGCCCUGGUAACUAGGUUAUAGAAGCCAUGGUAACUAGGUUAUAGAAGCCAUGGUAAUUUAAGUUAGCAGAAAUUAAACUAGAAAACAAUCCUUUUCCUCUCGACCUUAUUUUUAAAAUAAUGUCCAGGAAUGGUUUUUCUGUUCAUUAACAGUGGGUUUAAAAAAAAACAAACAAAAAAAAACUAUACAAUUUGAAGAAUUAUUUUUUCACUUUAGUGCCCCCUCCCCCACUUUACUCCAAUACUCGCCACUGACCGCGACCAUUUGUUGCACGUCUGGAAGUAAGUACUUGGUUAAUGCGGUCACUUCUGCGCGAUAAACACUAAAAAAAAAAAAAAACCUGCAUUUCAAAUAGCAGACAUUUUAAGAAUUAUUUUUUCACUUUAGUGCCCCCCCCCCCCCUUUACCCCAAUACUCCCCCCUGACCGCGACCAUUUUUUUCACCUCUGGAAGUAAGUACUUGGUUAAUGCGGUCACUUCUGCGCGAUAAACACUAAAAAAAAAAAAAAACCUGCAUUUCAAAUAGCAGUUAAGCGCUAUAAUAAUUAUUCGAGUCUUAUCAUUGCAGUUGAUAAGCGUAGAUUGUGGCGCGGUAAUUAGUUGCACUGCCCCCCCCUGCCCCCCACCCCUCCAAACUACCACCAUCUCGCUCUCCCACGCUGAGAAAAUAGUUUUUUUUUUAUUUAUCUUGAAAGUAUGUUCUGUUUGUUCUGUGUGCUUGAGAGCACCCCCUGCCCCACCCCAAACCCAAAGGUACCGCCAAAACCCUCUCCAUUAUUUGAAGUACUUCUCACGAAAAGAACAAUCCUCUGGUACCGGUACUCUCUAAGCAGGUUUUAUUUAUUUUUUUAUUAUUUUUUUUUCAUUUGGGCCAUCCAAUAGGUCCUAUAAAGUUAUUAGAAUAAAGUUACUUUAAGUAAACGACACCAAUGAUUUAAUUCAGUGGUUCUCAAGCUUCCUAAUGCCGCGACCCUCAUGUUGUGGUGACCCCAACCAUAAAAUUAUUUUCUUUGCUACUUCAUAAAGAUAUGUUUUUUUCCGAUGGUCUUAUGCGACCCCUGCGUAAGUGUCGUUUGACCCGGAAAGUGGUCGCGACCCACGGGUUCAGAACCGCUGAUCUUAUUGAAACAUGAAGCAUUUCUUCACGGGAAAUAGUUUUAACAACUCAAGUUUUAAAAAAAGUUAUAUUACAACAUAAGAUGUGUCAAAAAUAAUUAGAAGAAAAAACAAUACCGUGGCGAAGUCUGGGUUUUUUUUUUUUGGCAUCGUCAUACUUUAUCACAUGUCCUCUUGGUCGAAACGCCAUUACGAUUCUAUCCACUAAUCUGUCAAUCAAUUCUGUUUAAACCUUGCUGUCGCUCUUUCUUUGUCUGCACCUACAAUCCAUCCAUGAUUGCCUGGCGGUACAUGAUUGCACCGAAUGAUUGUACGUCCAUUCAUGAUUGUACGUUCAUUUAUGAUUGUACGUCCCUCAAUGACUGUAUAUCCCUUCAUGAUUUUAAGUCCCUCCCCAAUUGCACGCCUUUCCAUUAUUGUAAGUCCAGCCAUGAUUGUAAGUCCGCCUAUGAUUGUACCUCUAUCCAUGUUUGAACGUCCAUCCAUUAUUAAACCUCCAUCGAUGAUUGUAAGUACGUCCAUGAUUAUACUUCCGUCCAUGACAAUAGCUUUGCCUGUAUUUGUCCGGCCGCCCUCGAUUGUACGGCCGCCCAUGAUUGAAACUCCGCCUAUGAUUGUACGGCCGCCCAUGAGUGUAAAUCCGAUCAUGAUUGUACGGCCGCCAAUGAUUGUACGGGGGCCGAUGAUUGUAUUUCCGUCUGUGAUUUUUAAGUCCGUCAGUGUGUGUCCCUCUUAUUACCAGUAAGUUUGAACUAUACUUCCUACUGUGUGUCGGAAUUCGACCGCCGCUCUCUCCAUCUCCCCUCUCCCACGAUGAUGGCUCGCUCUCUCCAUCUCCCCUCUCCCACGAUGAUGGCUCGCUCUCUCCAUCUCCCCUCUCCCAAUAUGAUGGCUCGCUCUCUCCAUCUCUCCUCUCCCACGAUGAUGGCUCGCUCUCUCCAUCUCUCCUCUCCCCCGAGAUUGGCUCGCUCUCUCAAUCUCCCCUCUCCCACGAUCAUGGCUCGCUCUCGCGGUCGCUACACUUACCCCACAGAAACACCUGUCUCCUACGUACUUGCACUUUUAAUGAGGGGUGUAAAAGUGCCUAAAGGGCGUGGAGGGCGUGGAGGGCGUGGAGGGCGUGCACGGACUGUGUGUACGGUGUGCAGAUGAGCCUCCCGCGGGGGGGGGGCAGCGGAGGUUGUCUUGAGUGUCAUAGAACAAGGCUCGGAUUGUGCACCCUAUACCAGAUUUAUGUCAGGAAUCUGUAUCCUAUACUAGAUACAUUUCCGGAAUCGGCACCCUAUACCAGAUAUACUUUCAGAUUCUGCGCCAAAUACCAGAUAUAUGUCCAGAUUGUAUAUCCUGUAGCAGGUAUAGGGCCGGAUUUGUGCAGCUUUACGGUUUCUGUGUAUAUAUAUGUCCGAAUUCUAUUUAUCGGAUAGGGUAAUAUUUCCGGAUUGUGUACCAUCUCAGCACUGAACAUUUCCGAGCAUUUCAAUCAGACUUCUAUAAUUUAGAGAGGACUUCUUCGGUCAGACUACGCCUUGGUGAUAUGACGUCACUUAAAGUUUAACUUUAUGUGCUACCAAAUGGGAAAAAAAAAAAAAUCUCUUCCAUUUUAGUUAAUAUAACUUAAUCCUGAGAACAACCCCUUGACUGUUGUAAACAAAAUGAAGCGACUGAAGUGUUCGACUCCAUCUCCUAAACUCCGGGAGAAGCCCCCCCCCCCUUGCUGACACUGGGACAAGGACCCGUAUUGUACCGCUUGGCCAAGACACGUGCUACUUGAAGGGGGUCACCGGGGCCGUGUGUUUACAGGGGUCGUAACAGUGAGUGACAGUUUGUUAUGACGUUCGGCUGGGGGUCACACAAUGAGCACUAAAUGCCUAGUUGUGCCUUGUGCUGUGAGCGGGUUGGCUUUGGCUCGGGGUUCUCACCUAUUUUGUGCUGGGGCUAGCACAAGGAGCACUAAAUGCCUGGUUGUGUCUCGUGCUGUGAGCGGGUUGGCUUUGGCUCGGGGUUCUCACGUUUUUGAGCUGGGGCUAGCACAAGGAGCACUAAAUGCCUGGUUGUGUCUCGUGCUGUGAGCGGAUUGGCUUUGGCUCGAGGUUCUCAAGUUUUGAGCUGGGAGUCACACAGUGAGCAUUAAUGACGUGGAGUUUGGGGGGGGGGGGAAUUAAUGGUUUAUGCUCUGAGGAGAAAUUCGAAAAAAAUUGCGGCACAGUAAUUUGUUUUAAUGUAAAUGGAUGAGAGCUCGUUAGUCCGAUAUGCCACUUAUCAGGUCUAGUACUUUUAACACAAGGUCUAGUUCUAUAUGAGAGCAGUCUUACAGGAAUAGUCGAUUUUUAUUUUCCGUGGGACAACACAUUCAGGGGUAAAGCUCCAUUUUGACAGCAGACAGGAAGGGUCCAUUAUGACAGCAGACAGGAAAGGUCCAUCAUAACACCUGAAUGGAAGGGUCCAUUGUGACAGCUGACAGGAAGGUUCCAUCAUGAAAGAUGAAAGUAAAGUUCCAUUAUGACAUCUGACAGGAAGGGUCAAUUAUGGCAGCAGGAAGAAAUGAUCUAAUUUGACAGCCGUCAAGAAGGUUCCAUUAUAACAGCUGAAUGGAAGAGUCCAUUAUGACAGCUGAAUGGAAAAGUCCAUUAUGACAGCUGAAUGGAAGAGCCCAUUAUGACAGCAGAAUGGAAGAGUCCAUUAUGACAGCUGAAUGGAAGAUUCCAUUAUGACAGCUGAAUGGAUGAGUCCAUUAUGACAGCUGAAUGGAAGAGUCCAUUAUGACAGCUGAAUGGAAGGGUCCAUUAUGGCAGCUGAAUGGAAGGGUCCAUUACGACAUUUGACGGGAAGGGUCCAUUAUGACAGCUGAUAGGAAGGGGCCAUUAUGACAGCUGGGAAGAAGGUUCCAUUUUGGCAGCAGGAAGAAAUGAUCGAAUUUGAUAGCUGACAAGAAGGGUCUAUAAGAAACAGCCGCAUGAAGUGUUCCAUUUUGACAGACGGAAGAAAAUGUCUGUUAUAAAAUUCAUUAUAUGAAUUCAACUGAUAAGGCUUUCCUGUUCGCAGACAUGCUUAUUACGACGCCCCGUGUUUUGACCAUUCAAACUGGCGCUUCAAGCAACAAAACAGAACAACUCUUUGAAACAGUUUCCCAACGAUGAGAACACUUCCGAUAUAUUCAAAUGUAAUUCUUGAAUCAAUUGUGGUGAUGAUUUCAACAAUGCUCAGCGAUGGUAAACGCCGAAACUAGCCACAUCAUCGCCUGUUUGUAUAAUGAAACUUGUUUUUUUUUUUUUUUUUUUAUUAAAAGAUAAAUACAUUUUAAGGCUGUUUCCUUCUUCUAGGUAUCUAAUUCAUAUAUGAGAUAAAGUAUGUUUGACGUCACGACCCGUUCAUCCAACUGUUGCCAUUAUGGCGUCCAACCUAAACUGUUUAUGAGAGAGACGGAUAAAAAAAUGUGCACGCGAUCUUUCCGGUUGGAUUUCAAACACGUAAAUAAACAAGGGGUGGAGAUAUAAAAAGUGGACGUCAGCAAACACGUGUAGACAAGUCCCUAAGUUUCGCGACGCUAGUAUCGGGAGAUCUCGGCGACAGCGAGCCCCCCUGCGAGAUUUGCUAUCCGUCGGCAUCGUCUGCUUUCGCGCGGAGCGAGCAAACUCUUUUAAUUCAACGAGAUGUGAAGGGCCGAGCGGCGGGAAAUGCUCACGUGGUGUGCCGCGUGUGACCAAUGGGUGGCCACCACGAAAUCAGACAGUUAGUUGUAUGGGAGGGAAACCAAAAAAGAAAAUCUCAACCAAAAAAAAAAUCAUCUGAUUCGUGACACAUUUGUUGUUCUUAAACUCUCAGAACACAUAACAUUAGAUCUCAAUUACAUUUCGAAGAUGUCACCUUUAAAAAAUGCUCGGAAACUGUCGGAGAUUUAGUCUUUAAAGUUAUCUAAAUUUCUGGAAAAUUCUAGAACGGCCCCGAAUAGGGUGGGUAGUAUGACUUUGUACCGCGCUUCGAGCCUUUGGGGAUGAAGCGGGAUUUUCAAAUAAGCCUCAUUAUUAUUAUUAUUAUUAUUAUUAUCAGUAUUAUUAUUAUUAUUAUUAUUACUCUUGAAUAAACUGAAAUUUUAUAUCAGUUAUGUCAUAACUACCAAGCCUUGCCUAUAUUCGCGUAAUGACCUAUAGUGUUGUCUAAGCCUGAUGCCAACUGGGAUUGAUAUACAUGUCAGUAGGGGGAAAAAAAUGAAUUUGGGGGUCACUGCCUCGAAGGAGUGGAUAUUUUGAGAGAAAUUCCGUUCAAAAUUCGAAUAUGGAUAAUCAUAAGUAUGUGUUUGAAAUUUGGUCUAGAUAAGCGGUUCUCAACGCUUUGGGGGGGGGGGGGCCGAACGACCAUUUUCCAAGGGUUGCCUAAGACCAUCGGAAAACCCAUUAACUGGACAGUUAUUACAUAGCAACAAAAAUAAUUUUGCGUUUGUUGGUCGCCACAACAUAAAAAAAAUCUAUGGGGGGGGGGGGGUCGAACGACCAUUUUCCAAGGGUUGCCUAAGACCAUCGGAAAACACAUAUACUGGACAGUUAUUACAUAGCAACGAAAAUAAUUUUGCGUUUGUUGGUCGCCACAACAUAAAGAAACUCUGUUAAAGGGUCGCAGCAUUAGGAAGGUUAAGAACCACUGGUCCAGAUCAACCUCCCAUGCACUAGCUUAUGUUUAAUCUUUUAUUUCUAUAGCUCAUUUCAGGAAAAUGGAUUUAGGGGCCCCCGAACCUGAAAGGAUUGUUUCAGUAAAAUUAUAAUUUUUAAUUUCAUGCUGGAUAAAGAUAGAUAUGUGUGCCUGGUUUGGUCGAUAUCCAUCAAGCCAUGGAGUAGCGACUGCGAAACAAACACACAAAUAAACACAUUCUCACACUUAUAAUAUAUAUGAUAUCAUACUAUGUAUAUACAUAUUUUUUUAAUGUGUUUCUAUCUCUCUUUCUGUCUCCCUCACAUUAUAUCCAUAUCUCUCACUGCGUAUGUGGUGUGGGUGUGUGUGUGUUUUUGUGUGUGUGUGUGUGUGUGUUGACGUAUGUGUUAAUGUGUAAUCUUACAAUGUUAUUAAUAAUAGUUUUUCCAAUCUUUUUUUUUUCUUACAGAGAGGAAACUUAGGAACUCCCUUAUGAGAUCCACUCAUAUGAUAGCCAUUCAACAGACAAUUGGUCAUCUGCAAUCCAAGUCUAUGAUAGCAAUGCAACAGACAAUUGGUCAUCUGCAAUCCAAUUCUAUGAUAACCAUUCAACAGACAAUUGGUCAUCUGCAAUCCAAUUCUAUGAUAGCAAUGCAACAGACAAUUGGUCAUCGGCAAUCCAACUCUAUGAUAUCCAUUCAACAGACUAUUGGUCAUCUGCAAUCCAAUUCUAUGAUAGCCAUGCAUCAGACAAUUCGUCAUCGGCAAUCCAAUUCUAUGAUAUCCAUUCAACAGACAAUUGGUCAUCUGCAAUCCAAUUCUAUGACAUCCAUUCAUCAGACAUCCAAUCAUCAACUGAGAUCCACUCAUGCAAGAUCCACUCACCUGAAACCCGGUCAUCCCAGCUCUGCCCAUCUGAGAUCCCAUCACCUGAGAUGGAGUCAUCUCACAUCCGGGCAUCUGAGAUGUGGUCAUCUGAGAUCUGAGAUCCGGUCGUCUGAGGUCCAAGUAUCUGAGAUCGAGUCGUCGCCCAACGCGCCAUUGGAGAUCCAUUCGUACGACGUCAAGUCAUCAGACAUCCAAUCAUCUGCACCUCAGUCAUCAGACAUCCAAUCAUCUGCACCUCAGUCAUCUGAGAUUCAGUCAUGGGAGACCCUGUCAACUGAGACCCAGUUAUAUGAGACCAUGUCAUCUGAGACCCAGUCAUAUGAGACCAUGUCAUCUGAGACCAAGUCAUAUGAGACCAAGUCAUCUAAGACCCAGUCAUAUGAGUUUCAGUCACCUGAGAAGGGGCCAUAUGAGACGGGAUCUACAGAAGUGUGUUCAUUUGAAUUUCAUUCGUGUCAGAUGCCGUCAUAACAGACCCAGUCGUCUGAGAUCUGGUCAUCUGACAUCAAUUCAUCUGAGAUCUGGUCAUCUAACAUCCGUUUAUUUGAGGUCUGGUCAUCUGACAUCCAUUCAUCUGAGAUCUGGUAAUCUGACAUCCAUUCAUCUGAGAUCUGGUCAUCUGACAUCCGUUCAUCUGAGGUCUUGUCAUCUGACAUCCAUUUAUCUGAGAUCUAGUCAUAUGACAUCCGUUCAUCUGAGAUCUGGUCAUCUGACAUCCAUUCAUCUGAGAUCUGAUCAUCUGACAUUCAUUUAUCUGAGAUCUGGUCAUCUGACAUCCGUUCAUCUGAGCUCUGGUAAUCUGACAUCUAUUCAUCUGAGAUUUGGUCAUCUGACAUCUAUUCAUCUCUGAUCUGGUCAUCUGACAUCUUUUCAUCUGAGGUCUGGUAAUCGGACAUCCAUUUAUCUGAGAUCUGGUCAUCUGACAUCCGUUCAUCUGAGCUCUGGUCAUCUGACAUCCGCUCAUCUGAAAUCUGGUCAUCUGACAUCUAUUCAUCUAAGAUCUGGUCAUCUGACACUAUUCAUCUAAGAUCUGGUCAUCUGACAUCCAUUCAUCUGAGAUAAGGUCAUGUGACAUUCGUUCUUCUGAGAUCUGGUCUUCUGAAAUUCAUUCUUUUGAGAUAAGGUCAUCUGACAUCUAUGCAUCUGAGAUCUGGUCAUCUGAGAUGUGGUCAUCUGAGAUCUGGUCAUCUGACAACUGGUCAUCUGGAGCAAUACUUUCAAGUGACCUCAACCCGUUUGGACGCAGGUCCACCUAAGCACCACUCUGAUGUCUCGUUAUCUUCGCCGAGAUCUCGGGCGCUGACGGGAGUGCGGCAUGUGCAUCUAUAUUACCGUGGAAUUCUGGGAAUGAAAGAGGGCGAGAACUCUUCGCGGGAAUGCUCCACUAGCAGGGAAUGCGUGGAAUCUGUGUCCCCGUGCCCUCGGGUGACUCCCCCUAUCUCCGGGGCGGUGCCGUAAAAAUUUAUGACUUUGUGAAUUUUCUUGAUAUAUUUAUAUAUAUAGUAUUAGUAUAUGUUAUACAUGCACAUUUAGCAAUAAAAUGUUUUUGAAUGUCUUAUAAUUAAAGAAAAAUAGGAUAAUUUUAAAAAAAAAAAAAAAGGAAA